UGGAAUUAUGUACAAUGUAUUCUGCUAGUGAAGAGAAGAAGCUGACUUCUAAAAAUGCUCCUCAAAAUCGUGUUUAUGCUUGUUAUUUGCUCAUUUUGUUGUCUAUUAAAGUUUGUUUAUGUUGUAAGAGCUCAACUUCCUCACAAUGCAUAUUUGGCACAUAACAACAACCCCGCCCGUGAAAUCCCCACACCAAAGCCUCCGGAAAUUGAAGACUCGCUCGAAAUCUCCGAAGUCCCAGCGCAACUCCAAGCUCAAAAUUACGUAACAUUUCGCUACACGUGUUCAAAAAAGAAAUACGUCGGCGUAACGGUGACGGCUCCUCAGCUGAAUGAUUGGGUGGUCGUUUUUCGUCGCAAGUUUUUAUGCGACAGGACUCCAGAGCCGAAAACGAAAAAAGUACACCUGAAUUUACCCGAUAGCAUUUUAUAUAAACCUGGGUACUUCAAUAGGGACGUUAAUUAUGCGAAGACCGUGAAAUUAAAAUUGUGGAUCGUCGAGCAGAGUUUGUAUCCGAGGGUUAAACAUGAUCCGUAUAAGUAUUCUACGGAGCGGAAACGUGUUUCGAUAACAGUGGCGCCACCUGACCAGCGACCUGAUAAGUUGUCAUCGGGAUGUUCAUCGUGGGAGGCGGUGGUGAUGCAGAUGCUUCCGUAUCGCAAGUUCGUGAGAUGCCAGGUUCAGCCAGAGACCAUCAAAGUAAUUUCCUACCCUAUCAUCAACACUGGACAUCUCCACGGGGUCUUUCGGCAAUUCCAGCCAUUCACGGACAAGGAUUACAUAAAACAGGCAAAACAUGAUGGCAGUCAACACAAGUACACAGUAAGCCUGUGGUUGUAUAUCAAGGAGUUCUGUAAAUGGGGACUCUGUAGCAUUCUUCAUAGGACGACUUGGGAUGAUGUCUAUAGGACACCAUUAGUCUUUUUAAAUAAAGCGGGGCGUCUUCACAUUCAAAUCCACAACGAAGCUGGUGAAUCGGAUGCAGCGCUGACCCAGUUUUCUGUGCCAAAGGAUGAGUGGUUUAGGCUGACAUUAUCGUUUAAUAACAGGAAGUGGCUAGCUACUCUAGAAAACAGGGAUAAGAAGAAGAAGAUGAUAGACACGUCAUUCACGCAUAAGUUUGAUCCAUAUUUUAAUGAUACGGAGGGGUACACAUUACUCGGAGGUAACGAUAUGGUCGGAGGGUUCAAAGGUUACAUCGGUGAAGCUGUAUGGUACAGAGGAAGGGUGCUAAAUCCUAGUCAGGAACCUCAUCAAAAGCUCAGAGGUUAUAUCAGUGAAGCUGUAUGGUACAGAGGAAGGGUGCUAAAUCCUAGUCAGAUUCCAUAUCCAAGUCCGUAUCAUCCGAUGUUUGAGUUGGGGAUUGCCGAGCGUACGAGAAAAUGUUCUAAGUAUCUCAAUUGGAUCAGAAAUAGAGUGGACUUCUGCCAAAAACGGCUCGCGAAAUGGUCGAAAAGAGAUACCUGUCCGUCUAAAUUCCGUGAUUUCAUCCACGCUUGGAGUAUGCCUAAAGCGGCUAUAUGCAGUAGCUUCCGAUACAUACCACGCGAUUACAGUGACGUGAAUCGGCUGAUCAAGCAAAAAGUAUACAGCGGAUCUAGCUAUGUCGAUUUCAAGUCUCUAGCUGAAAGUCUAUUCAAGAAUGCGUCUGGUAUGAUUGAGACUUGCGGUCUCCAAGCAACCAAGAAAAUGGUGCCAUUAUUGAAACAGUCGAGUUGCCUUGGUAACGAGGAUGCUAUGUACAUGUUAUCUGUGAUACUGAGUAAGGGAGUGGGAUACAAAGCGGAUGAAAUACAGUCCCACGCCUAUCUGAUGUACGCAGGCCUCGAGGGUCAUCGACAUUCCCUGAUGGCGCUUGGAAACAAACACAUCAACGGGCUGGACGGACUUCCGACCGAUUUGGAAAUGGCGUUCUGCUAUUAUAAACACAUGGCGGACAUUACAAAGAGGGACAAGGACAUGCAUCGUGAUACUGAUGUCUUCACAGAAGAGAUACGACUCACGGAUGCCGCCGCCUUGGACAUUCAGACGGAUGAAGACGGGGACGUCUUCCAGUGGGUGAAGCACCAAGCGCACCAAGGUGUCCUGACGGCCCAGCGGCACAUGGCGAUGCUGCUGUUCUGGGGGCAGCAGGGGAUCCAGAGGAAUCUCCAGGCUGCUGUGGAGUACUACAGAAUGGGAGCUCAGCAGGGUGAUCCGCAGGCGUUGUUUGACUACGGUAUUGUUCUCAUGAAGGGCCAGGGUACAAAGAAGGAUGUAGAGGAGGGGUUAAGACAUUUAGACAAGGCAGCAUCCAAGGGCAGCCAUCAAGCGAUCAACACUCUGGGUUGGCAUGCUCAGACGAGAGAGAAUGACCUAACGAAAGCGGUGGAUUAUUGGGAGCGGGCCUACAAGAUGGGCAACAUUGACGCGGCGCACAACCUGGGUCACAUGUACUUCAGUGGCCAGUAUCCUGGGAAGCAGGUUGACAGGAAAAAGGCAUUCGAGUAUCAUGCGUAUGCUGCAGGAAGAGGUCAGUUUGAUUCUGGAGUCAUGAUGGGGUACUAUCACAUCCGUGGCCUACCAGGAAUGCCACAUAGAGUUCAGCUAGCUGUUGAUUGGGCACGCUUCAUGUCUGAGAGGAACCCUAAGAUAGGACUACUGCUGAGGACGGCUCUCAAGGCUUACAAAAACCAGGAUUGGGCUACAGCCAUGUUUUAUUAUUUCCUAGCUGCAGAGAGUGGGACGGAAAUAGCGACGUUCAACUUGGCCUUCCUCUGUGAGGAGAAUCAUGAGGGCAUGACCAGCUACAUCGAGAAAGAAUGUGUUUGGCAUUAUUACAAUCUCUCCACACUCAGGGAGGAUCAUCAAAUUGACUCGUAUGCUUUGCUCAAGAUGGGAGAUUACUACUGGUAUGGUUGUGCAGGGAAGAGAGAUGUACACAAAGCUAUCAUGUCGUAUGAAAGAGCAGCCAUGAAGAGUGACCCUCAGGCGAUUUUCAACCUGGCCGUAUUACUUGAAGAAGGUGUGAAUAUCUCCUCGACCGUUUGGCACAAUAUUAAGAUCCCCCAGGCCAAGUGGUCCAACAAAUAUCUUUUACUCACUGAGUUAUAUGGAAGAUGUAAAGAAUCACCAAAAUCAGAAGCCUAUAUUCCUUGCCGCCUUGCUCUCUUCAGGGUCCAACUCUUAGAAUUCUGGGAUCAAUACAAAAUGGCUGUCAAGAUGUCCAGUGCCUUAGCAACCGUUGUGUUUGGCAUGGUAACCAGUACGGCUAUUUAUAGCCAUCUGCGUGGACGGGUAGUAAACACUGCCACAGUAUGAUAAGGCUGGAUAAAAAUAACUUCUUGUUUCUUGUUGCUGACCUGUGAGGCUGUGUCAACUUGGACGUCUAUCAUCAAAUGUCCCGAGCACCGAUUUUAGAAAAGAUUUGGACAAGACACAAUGCAUUGUUUUUCCUUGGCCUAAGAACUACCGUAAUGGUGACAUUCUUCACCACUUCAACCUUAGAUUUAGGGAUUUUUUACCAAAAUUGAGCCAUUGGUUGUCAUACCCAACAUUGCGAUGUGGAGAUAAAAUGUAGGCCAAAACUGAGGCACAGGAGAGGUUUGGGGAAAAAUGACGGCUCUACCUGAGUCGUUGUUGACUCUGUCAUCUCAUGCUGCAUACAUCAUAUGACGUCAUUUACAUCAUCUGCAGUUGGCAUUAUAGUCACGAUGUUUCCAUAGGCCUUUGAAAGGUACAUGCCUUACUUGACCAUUAUCAUACCGGUAGAUGUUAUGAAAUGUCAGCUGAAGUGUUUUCCAGACAGAUCUUGCCAAAGGUACUUCGCUGACCUCUUGUUUCUAAACUGUAUAGUGUGGUCACAGAUGUUACACAGCCCUGGGCAGCUGGUGUCAUAGUUGACCAGCUUUAGUUGACUCCGUGAAAGACCAUUGGUAGGCCCACCUGGUGCUGUUCAACAUCAUCAUUAUCUUUUGGUAAAUGUGAUCUGGUCACUGGAGUUCAACUGAGUACCUUUGGCCAGAAUUAUAGCAAAAACAUUUUACCCCAUAUUGUAAUGAAAUAAAGGCAAUUUGAAAUGGAACUGUUCAAAGUUAGCUGCCUGUAAUCUUGUUCUUUCUCCAUCACAGAGAAGUUCUUGUCCGACGUCAAACAUUCCGAUUAUGGUAAGGUGUACCUGUUCUUGGUAUCUGUGGGCCUCCCGAAAAUCCGCAAAUUUGAAAAAUAGCAAGUAAUUUGCCUCUUCGAUUCCUUCCAUUAUCUCCUGGUGUCAUUUAGGCUCAUCUUCUGUGCGACAAGGGCCUUGUUUUGCUGUGACGGUCGUAAAUCGAUGAUAUUUGUCAAUAUGUGACUCGCUCUACC